AUGUCCCAAUGCCUACUGGAUAUCCACACUGACACGUACUAUUUCUGUCGCACUCCCCACCAGCUUCCUGCUUCGUCACAUAGUGCUAGAUGGAAGAGGGUCGUCGCUCGCCGGAUGAUCGCGCACGUACGUGUCGGAUACCUUACUGCCCGGAGCUGCCGAAGCAAUAAGCGGGAGGAAACCGACAAUCCAGCAAGGACGUGUUUAUCGAGCCAUCGGGCAGGAUGGAGUCAGUCAAGAUGGUUUGCAACUGAUAUAUGUCCUGAGGCAGAACAAGGAUACCAAUAG